UGUGAUGUUGAUCACAAUAUACAGCAGAUAAUAUAGCCAGUAGAUAAAACCGUCCGUACAUAAUUUUUAUUCCACUAGAUACUUUGGCACUAUCAUUCAUCUUCCUUUAAUUUUCUGCUUAUACUUGUGGAUGUGUAGAAACUGACAUAAGAUAGCCAUGGUUAAGAUUUCUGAGGAACAGUAUCAAAGUUUAUUGCAAAUCAAAUAUAAUUAUGAUAAUUCCGCCCUAUUUACUGAGUCAAUUGAAGUUCGCCGUUUGAAAGGAAACAUUAUGAACCACAACAUUAACAAAUCAAAUCGUUAUGCUAAUCAACAAUUUGAGAUCUUGUGUUUGAGAUUAUAUGAAGAUGUGCAUAAUGCCAAGUUUCGGGACGGUUUAAGUUGGCAGAAAUAUGGAGCAUGGUGCACAUUAGAUCGUGAGGAAUAUUUUCCAACAUGGCAACAGUUCGCUAAUCAUCGAAUGCAAAAUCGUUAUGGAAUGAGGAUUGUAUUCUUACCACAAUGUAUUCGGAUUCCAACUGAUUUUCCACCAGUCCAUUUUAAAUGGUCGAAAAAUAGUUAUAAUGGCCGAAGGAUUUGCCACUUAAUUAAGUAUGGGUUGAAUAUGACUACAAUGAUCUUAGACAAUUGUUUACAGUCCUUAAAUGAUACAACAUUCUUGGGGUAAACCAAGAAAUACUGAACCUAUAAAGAUGAUAUAGAAUUGUGUAAGAACGUGAGGAGGAUUUUAUGAGUCAUAAUGGACUUAUUAAUAGAUAGAGUAGCAUAGUAAAUUCGUCAUGUAUCCGGGCUACGUCCUGAACUUUUGUAUUUAUUUUUCGCAUUCCCUGGUAGCUUUGCUACUGCGGGAGUCAAUCUAACUAUUUAAUAAAGCAUUUUUACGUAAUUAAGACAAGG